AUGGGUGGCAAUGCAAAUUGUCCUGUUCCAACGUUUCCUAUUGUGAACUCCACAACUAACCUCGACGGAGUGGAUAGAUUGCCAAUGGUAAAUGCAAUGAUGCAACAGGUAUGAGAAAUUUUAUGUAAUAUAUGAACAACGAGGGUAAAUUAUAAAUUGCUAUUGGUGGAUUUGGCAAAAAUACAAUACACACGUGACGGUUAAGGACCGUAUUUAUGAAUAAACUUUAAAGGCCCUGUCACACUAUUGCGUAUCGUACUAGCGUAUGCAAGCGUGUGAAAAAUAUCACUCAUACGCCGGCAUACGCUAGGGGUACGUUAGACAUAGGUUGUAUAUGUUUCAAGCACGGUCGCGUACGGUGGCAUACGCUUGCAUACGGCAAGGCAGAAAUUUUUUUUAAGCAUGUUCAAAAAUUUUGUGCGUAUCGGACGUAUGCUUUAUACAAUAAGCAUACUCUAGGCACACCCUGAAUACGCUAGAGGUACGCCAGAUGUACGGUACUCAUAUACGCUGGCAUUUCAAAGGAUUUCUGUGCGUUUCAAAAUUGUUUCAUUAAUUUUCAUACGCUUCUCAUACGUUUCUCUCAUACGCAAUAGUGUGACAGGGCCUUAACUAACAUAGACAAUAGGGCCAUUUAUACGAGACAAAAUAAGUCGCGACUCACAUAAGACGCGACUUAAAUUAGACGCAAGUUUGUCGCAUAAAAUUAAAAGGUACAAAAUUGUUAUGUAAGACGCGUCUCAUGGAUUUAAGUCGCGUCUUAAAUAAAUCAUUUUGGUUAAAAAGUCUACCUACACAUGCCCAAAACUUGAAACAACGUAAAUUAUAAGCCUUGCAUAUUAAAAUAAAAACAACCAAAACAACAUUAUAGCUAUAUGGCAAGUAAAUAAGACUAGAGUCGUAAAGAACCAUUUAUAUACGAUCAUAAUUCCGCUUAUAUAAGACGCGUCUUAUGUAAGUCGCGACUUAUUUUAUUCCGUAUAAAUGGCCCUAAUGAGUUGUAUUGUUAUUCUAACGAGUUUCCAAACCAUCUAUCUUAUUAACUAUGGUUUGACCGAGCUGAGUUGAGGAAGCGAGAGUUUGCAUGGGUUUUAUAUCGGUAACUAAAACCUUCCAGUUGAUGUUACCUUAAAACGUCUCUAGCUAAACCUAACAAUAUUUUCUUCCCCAACAGAAAAUAUCGCCGUGUCUGACACAAGUGAUGCGAAUGACCUGCAUAAAAGCGACAGAAGUGUGUUCCAGUGACCAGAGGUACCUAGUCGCAAAAGUCACUCAAGAGGAUUGCAUGGAAUACUUGAGAUGUCUACCUGAAGGACAGUUUCCAGAAGGUUUUAAAAUACAAGCGUGUGAAAAUCAACCAGCAGCCACGGGUGCAACGACCGUCGCAGGACCUGUGUUUGAAAUCGUCCCACAACAAAAACAAAUUGAAAGUGCCAGUGAAUGUCUAAAGCAAUCAUCGUUCAUCAUUGCUGCGAUUUUAGCCUUCGCUUAUAUGCAGCUGUAA